UUCAAUAAAAUUAUUUGUGAGCUUAGUAUGACCAGCAUACGACAGAUUAAUUUCGACGAUCUUUUCAAAUUCAAUGCACUCGUCUUUGAUCCGCUGACCGAGGUCUAUGGGCUCGGCUUCUUUCUGCGGCACAUCAUUCAAUGGCCCGAGCUGACCCGAAUCGCCUUCGCCCCCAAUGGUCAAUCGAUGGGCUAUAUCUUUGGCAAAUGCACGGGUCCCAAUAUGGAACGGUUGCACGGUCAUAUAUGCGCCCUGACCGUCUCGGCUGAAUAUCGUCGAUUGGGUUUGGCCAGCGCCUUGAUGGCACUUUUUGCCCUGGAACUGGAUUUGAAAAGGGCCUGGUAUGUGGAUCUAUUUGUACGGCAGAGUAACGUAAAUGCCUAUAAGCUGUAUAGCUCGUUGGGCUAUAUACAAAGACGCUUGCUUUUGGAUUACUAUCCAGGGACGACGCCAGAGAAUGCAUACAAUAUGCGCAAGGCUUUGGCGCGCGAUGUCGAAGGUGGCACAGUGGCCCACAUCUCUACCCAGCCAGAAUACUUAUCAGAGCAGGAAGAGCAGGAAUACCAUUAAAGACUGAUUACAUUUGUUUUCACGAAUUUGGGAAAAUACAAAAUCAAUUGUGCUAAAUUUUAAAA